AUGGGCCGUGGACCGAAGAAACACCAGAAGCGCCUCAGCGCGCCAUCGCAUUGGCUGCUCGACAAACUCUCCGGAGCCUAUGCCCCGAAGGCUUCUCCGGGUCCUCACAAGACUCGGGAAUGCAUGCCGCUCAUCGUCUUCAUCCGUAACCGCCUGAAGUAUGCCUUGAACGGACGCGAAACGAAAUCGAUCCUCAUGCAACGCUUGGUCAAGGUCGAUGGCAAGGUCCGAACCGAUGCGACCUACCCUGCCGGCUACAUGGACGUCAUUUCCAUCGAGAAGACUGACGAACAUUUCCGCCUCGUCUACGACACCAAGGGCCGAUUCACUGUCCACCGCAUCACGGAGGAGGAGGCCGAGUACAAGCUGUGCAAGGUCAAGCGCGUGCAGUUGGGCAAGGGUGGAAUCCCAUUCUUGGUUACGCACGAUGCUCGAACGAUCCGGUACCCUGACCCGCUCAUCACGGUCAACGAUACCGUCAAGGUCGAUCUCUCCACGGGAAAGAUCACCGACUUUAUCAAGUUCGAUUCCGGUGUGAUCGCCAUGGCCACCGGUGGUCGCAAUAUGGGUCGUGUUGGUGUCAUCACCAGCCGUGAACGUCACGAUGGUGGCUUCAACAUCGUCCACAUCAAGGAUGCCGUCGAUAACGAGUUCGCUACUCGUGAGAGCAACGUCUUCGUCAUCGGCCAGGAGAAGCCGUGGGUCAGCCUGCCGAAGGGCAAGGGUGUCAAGCUUUCCAUCGCCGAGGAGCGAGAUCGCCGUCGGGCCUUUGCCGUCUCCGGACAUUAAGCUCCGUUUCAGACGCGGGGAGGAAUCAGAACGCUCACGGGGAUGGAGGGAUUGGUUGAGCGUCACUAUCGCACUUUGCAUCUUGCAUCAGCCAAUACAAACGGCGUUCAAAACGGAGAGUUUCAUGAGCUAUGGUCGCGUGCCUAUGUCGCCCGCUCUCAAAGUGUAUCUUAGCCUUUAAGGCAGUAGGCGAAGGAAAGAAGGGCAGCAAUUCAAGCUUACGUUCUAUGAACGGAAAAUAUCAACCAUCAACGCUUGCAACUAUUGUGGAGUAGGUUUGACUUGUAUGACACCAAAGUCUCCCUGUGCUGCCUUCUGUUGCUGAACUUUUACGUACCACUGUUGGAUUGGCCAGACCUCAACGUGCAAGGCGACAAGAAAGAAUUGCUAUCCCAAGGAAGUUAUAAGACCAAUUCUAAGCAACGUACAUCGCUAUUUCCUC